AAAAAAAAGAAAGAAAUUGGAGAGCUGCCUCACAGGUCACAGCUGCUGCAGCGUCGCAACAACAUCAAAUAAACUAAAAAUAUAAUAGUGCCUAUGCAAUAUUUAUAAUUAUUUUAAUUAAUAUAAAAAAGAACACACGUCGUCUUACGACAGUUUUCGUUUUUUUUUGGCAACCGCAUGCCUAACCACCGACCAAACGCUCUAGGACAACAACUACUAUAAAUAAUAAUAAUACGAGUAUUAUCAUCUCGUCCGCGUUAUCAUCGUCGUUUAUAUUAUUGUUUUUCUCUAAGCCGUUCCCCGUUCGCGGUCGGCGAGUUCGCACUACGAUACUACGUUCUACUGAUUACUGGGUAGCUUGCUGCACUCGCGGCGAUGCUUAUCCUUUACAUGUUAUACCAAGAUCGUAUACUUGCCAGGGUGAUCAUUCUUUUGCUACUACUGAUGCUCACAAUUUUCAUUGACUUUUAUGUGAGCCACCGCAGUCAAAACUUCUUCAAGUCAUUGAACAAGAAAUACAACCUCAUCAAAAGUUAAACGCCACACUACCAUGGACACGACGCCGACGACGUCUUCCGAGGACGACGCUAAAGUGUUGUUCCGCAAGGGAGUUGACUAUGAACGUGAGGGUUCCCACUAUGAGGCUACGCGUUGCUACAAGCAAGCGCUGAAGUUAGACCCUGAUGUUGAGAAAAAAAUUGCAGAUGAAGAAUUUGUUUCACGCUCUAUGGAUACAACUGAUGAAAAUAAUAUAUCCAAUGAUUCAAGCGAAGAUGAAUAUGAUAACAAAGAAGACCUUUUCUUGAGAUUUCAGAGAAUAAUGGGACCUAUAAUAUGCCUUCCAGCACGUGCACAACUGACCACUCAUUUUUCAGCUCUUCCUCCUGAGCUUGUUAUAUACAUAUUUAGGUGGGUUGUAUCUUAUGAUCUUGAUCUACGGAUGUUAGAACAGUGUGCAGCUGUUUGUCGUGGUUGGUACUUGUGUGCCAGAGAUCCCGAAUUAUGGCGUCGAGCAUGCUCCAAAUUUUGGCCUUCAAAUGUCAACGACUUAGUCCCUUAUGACGGAAAUUGGCGACAAAUGUUCAUAGAACGACCUAAUGUACUUACCAUUGGUUGUUAUAUAUGUAAGAUAACUUAUGUACGAAGAGGUGAAGAAUCUUUCAGAGACAACACUAAUGGACCUUCUUUUCAAGUUGUUUAUUACAGAUACUUAAGGUUUUUUUCCGAUGGUCGUGUUUUGAUGGUGCUAUCUUACAAUCCUCCAUAUAAAAUAGUACGAAAGUUAAAGACAAGAGAGAAGGCACCUUUCAAUGUGUCCCCUGGACACUAUAGAUUGUGUGGUACACAAUUAUUUUUGACUCUCGACAGUCAAGAUAAGGAACGUGACCGAGAAUUUAACAGAAAAUAUAACUGGGAAGACAACACUGAAAGGAAGACUACUUAUAACAUGGUUUUAGAAAUUUCAAAAUACAAAUCCAAACACAACUGGAAAUUGCAAUGUAUUGAUUAUGAAAUAGUUUAUCAAAGCCGAGUUAACAAAGUAAAGGUUACCAAGUACGAUUUAACUAAUAAUCGUUUUCCACCGUUUAUAUUUUCACGCGUUAAAUGCUAUUCAAAUGAAUCUGAGCGUAUACUAUAAGUAUAAAAUAAUAAGCUCUACAAAUAUUUGAGGCUGUUUAAAUAAUGUUUGUUUUCUAUAGUUUAAUAUAUUAUUGUGUUUAAUUAUUUACCGUGUAUGUACUGUGUUUAAGAGUAUAAAUUAAAUUUAAAUUCUGUACUGAUCAGCGGCCUGUGAUUUCUUCAAAACAAUUUAAUUUUGUUAUCUUUAAUGUUAUCUAUGAUUACACUAAACAAUGUGUAAUUAAUUAUUUAUUUUAUAAAAAUAUAUAUACUUAUUAUGUGUUAAGUGAAGUACAACCUAACUUAUACAACAUCUAAUAUAAGGAAACAUUUUUUCUGGUUAAUAUUACUUAAUACAUUUUUACCAUUUUCAAUGUAUAUGUUUUCGUAGAGGUAGCGAAAGCAAAUGGUUUGCAAACUGAUUCUAUAUGGUACAAAGUUAAUACAUUGCCAAAAUGAAAAUGUAUUAUCACAGGUACUAGUAGUACCAAAAUGUUACACAAGUUGGUUAACGAUAGUAGUAAACAUUUUAGUUAACAGUUUUAAUUAUUGCUAAAACUAUUCUAAGUUAACCAUUUGCUCUUGAUAGUACUGUGAGAAUUGAAAACUUUCAUAAGUAGCUUUUAGCUGUAUGAACAUCUCAAUAAUUCAAAUCUAUGUAUGUGUAUUUUAAUAGUUAUUUAACAAAAAAAACCCAGGAAGGUUGUACAUUUCAUUAUAAUAUUAUGUGUGUACCAAUUUUUUUAACCGAUUUAAUGAAUAUGUAUUAAAUAAUAUUGAGUUUCUUUUGAUGUUAAGCUAUUUAAUGUAUUAUUAUCAAUAGAAUCAGUACAUAUUCCUCGAUAUUUGGAUGGCGUAUUAUAAUUCAUAACGCUUAUUAUCUUUUAUUGUUAAGGUACUAUGUCAUUCUGUGGUAAUAUUA